GACUUUCCGUUCUUCUUUCUUCGCUAUCGACCGCGAGCCUCUCUGCCGCGUCAUCAAAGCUCGCAGCUGCCCUCCCUCGCCCUUCAAUAUCCCUUUGUCCGUUCUUGUGCUGACGACGCCAUGGCUGAAGAGGCUCCGCGCAACGUCACAGAGCUUGCUGGGCAGCUUGUCGAAGGGUUUGCUGCUUUGAGUGGAGAAUACCAGGCUCUGUUCGCUCAACAUAGGCAGCUGGAAAGCAAGCUCUCGUGGGCCAAGCAACAGUACCUUGAUCUCCUCAAGCAUUUCACACCUGAUACGCUUCCGCAAGAUCAUCUUACCUUCCUGCAGGAUCUAGAGCGGGUUGGAGAUGAUCAAGCACGCAUGCCGUUGAACUUGGUGGAACAAUUAGCACAUAGCGAUGAUGUAGAGCGCAAGAGUCGGGCAUUGGUGAUACAGAAAGCGGAGGAGGCUGCUGCCCAGCUGCGUGCCCCUGAAAAUUCUGCAAGCGUAAAGAUAUGGAGUGGCCCGUCAGCAGACGAGCUUGCUCCACUACCUGAGAUACACACCAAUAGAGCCACUUCACCACUUGAAAAAGAUUUUACGGUCGCUGGAACUCCCAGUAAGCUUGCCUGUCCUUUUGCUGCUGGAGGUGGCAGAGGCAGCCCGCUUGCUACACCGCGAAGCUCGACUUCCCGACUAAGUCUGCGUGGCCGUCGAUCAAAACGACCGUCCUUUGCCGAUCCCAUCCGUGCCGAAAUAUGCACCAGUGACCCUGCCUCGGUGACCGCCUCAGUAGCCGUAUCUGGUUCCGCUGCCGUCUGUCCCAUACGAUUCCUCGAUCAACAUAACCCAGAGGAGGUUGCAAAAUACUUUGAGAAACACAAGCAUGAGCUACCCAGAAGCCAUGAGGUCUGCAUCACACGCUUCCAGAGCAAUCAAGAGAGCAUUGAACAGCUGGACCGCAAAUACGGCAAUUUGGUCAACAUGAUCCAAGGGUUGGGGCAGAAGCACCAGGCGUGGUUACCCGAGGAUCCUGACGACGCAAUAGAGGAAGAGCCCGAGGCCGAGCUCGACCUGAGCGUCAACCUCAAGGCAGAUGACAAAGUUCAGAACUGGGCGUCUGCCGUGUCGGCCAGUCUUCACGAUGGCACUCCGCCGCCAGAGGAAGGAUCAGAGGAGCAUGCACAUGCUGAGGAUGAAACUAGGACAGCGCACUUUGACCGGCCUCUCAAGGAAGUCCGCGUCGGGGAGUCGCCAAGUCGACCCUGGGGCAUUUCAAUACCAGCAAAGUACACAAACGCAGACAGCUCUUCUUCAGUGGGCUCCGUGCCUACCGCGUCACCGCAACUGCCACUCAAUACUGACCGACCGAUCGGAGAGACGCCUCAAAGGGUUGGCAAAUGUCCCAUCGACCAUGGCGCAAUGGGCCAGAUGCCCGAACAACAUCACGAUCCACCGUCUGCUCCAACGCCGCAGUCGCAACAUGGAUUUGCGACGACUGCUAUGCCACCUUCAGAACCCCCACCUCAGCCCCCGCUGCCGGAAAAGCCAAAAGAGACAGGAGGCCAUACGAUGAUUCCACAAAUGGUCUUCAACGGACCUGUGUUCCUAGGAUAUCCUCCAGAUCAACUGGCUAUAAUCCUGCAGAACAGUAACCUUGGCUCGGCGAUGCGUCGCCCCUCGUUUCUGCUGCUGUUUAACGACUAUCCUCACUUCUUCUUCAGGUCCGUCAUCCAGCACCUCGAUCAUCUCUUCCUCUUCAAAGAGCUCCAAGAUACGCGCACCGAGAUUGUAGAAGUGUGGCGCGAGGGCUCGCAAAUCGACAGUUCGCGGGUCAGCUUUGAGGGCGUUCAAAACGCGUGGAGACAGGGCGAAGGGUGGGUCGAUUGUCACAAGGGAGGAUGCACCCGCCCUACGGUCUCGAGAUCGCUCCCCGCCGUGCCUCGCCUAGGGCUGCACCUCCAUCGCCUGCUGGCCAAAGCUUCCCCCAGCCUAGAUGUCAUAGAAGAGGCGUCGGCUACGCACAUGAACGACGAUUUGCAUUCGCCUUGUUGCCCAUUGCACCUGACAAAGCUGAGCACAAAGCUUCUUCCCGACAUUCGCUCGCAACCAAAAGCAGCCACACUACUCGGCGCAUUGAUAGAGAGAACCCGCGGCACACACGCCCCACGACCCCCACCACCAACCGGCAUCAUGGCAGUCAGCGAGCGGAUAUCGCAGCUCAUGGGCGCUCUUGAUACUGGCUCAGGUCCAGAUACAUCUCGUGCCACCUCUCCAGGCGGCGACUGGCGACAGGCCAACGGUGGCAUCAAUGGCUCAGACGACAGACGCCGCCCACGGACUUUCCCCUAUUUCGAAUACCUGCCUUACCAGACAGAAGACCAGAGCGAUCGCGAAGAGAGUCUGAACACAUGUCUGAAGCACCUCUACAUCGCCGUGUCCGCGGGAGACUUUGCGCCGGGCGCAGUGCACUGGACACGCGAGAUCCGGGGAUGGUUGUCACUCAAGUUCGACCUCCCUCGGAGCACGCGAGUAAAGCUAGUGAACCUGUACUAUGAGCUUGCACUCGCUCCAGGGCUGGACUACCUGGUGGCAGAGCGCUUUGCGAGCAUGUUCAUGGUCUUGACCAAGCGUAAACACUACUUGCGACCCGGAAAAGACCUAAUCCUCGAUUGGCGACCGCUAUACAGGGAACUGAAGAUGUUCGUUCUGCCAUCGGAAUCAGGGGGCUCACAUCCGCCUAACGUGAAGCGUAACAUUCGCACUCUGACCAAGAUGUGCACCUUCGCACAGCUCUACUUCGAUCCCAAAGAGAUACCCGCCAUAUUUGAGGAGCUCCUGCCUUUCUUCAGUACAUCCUUCAGCGAGAAUGCCUUCGUCGUUGUGGGCUUGCUGAACUUGCUGCUUCCCACCCAUCCAGCCCCGGAGGACAUGAGCCAGCUGCUCCCGCAGGAAUAUCUCCCCACAUUCUUCCAUCUUUGGUCACUUGUGAAUCGAUCGCGGUUGUUUGAUGCCCACUACAUUGAUACACUGUCACGGCUUGCCAGGGACAAUUUGCCAGCCCCGCAUGUGCCUUUCUCACAAUAUGGUGUCUUCACAGGGGAGCAGUCGUCACAAAUCUUUACAGCGAUCUUGCGACUGCUCGAAAUUCCGGUUGGUCAGGCGACCUCGCCGUACAGCAGUUCAGUGGACCUCGGUGCCGGUCUGGCCGUCAUGCUUGAUCGUGACCCACGCAAGCACCCUUCAACCCAUCACAUCGCCCGCAUCAUUGCCAUGUCUCUUUCUCCCGCAUGCGCAGAGCAUCCAGAUUCCAUCCUGACAAAACUCGAGGGUUUGAUACAGGCUGUGGAGACUUUCUUCCAUCCAUCGAAUUCUGGUUCCUGGACUAGGCCGCUCGCUCAGUUUGUAUACUACUUGGCGGAUAUAUUCGUGCUGCGUUGGAACCGAGAGCACAGUGGCGAGGUGGAUGUGCCAGAAGACCGACAGCUCAAUGAUGCGGUGAAGCGACGAUUCGUGCUCUGUCUGCGGGAGGUCACGUUCAUGGGCAUCUUCUCCAAGAGCGACAAAGCCGUGCAAUACGCCCUGUCUACCCUACAGAGCUUGGCGCAUCUAGAGCCCAGCCUGAUCCUCCCCGGUGCGUUACAGCGAAUAUACCCCGCGAUGCAGGGGCUUGUUGAGGUACAUCGCACCAUCUCGUCAAUCCGUGCACUACACAUGCUCUCCAAAGUUAUGGCCAAGACAAAGGGCUUCCGGUGUCACGUCACAUCGGUACUCGGCCUUGCACUACCUGGUAUCGAUGCCAAUGACCUGGAAAAGACCGUGCACACGUUGCAGUACAUCCAAGGCGUGUGCUACCUCAUCCCAUUUCAAGAUCUUACAAAGGCGAAGAAGGCGUCAAUCGAGGCAACUUCCAGAGAUGGAGCAACCACGCCAAUGGAGGAUGCAGGCGGUAACACUGGUCUUGCUGUGGAAUGGAUCACAGCGCAAGUCGAGCGACUGGAGAGCGCCAACGGCAACAUUGAGAUCGACUACAGCAAAGAGCUUAGUGACGAAGACGAAGCUAUGAUUUUGCGGUCAUCCACAACUGGGCUUAACGAAUUUCUCAUUACAUUCCUUGGUCGUGUCUUCACGCUCUUGGAGAAUUUGCCAGAUGCCUCUAGAGUUCGGAGUGGCUCACCUGAAGAAUAUGUGGUUAACCAGCUUCCCGCUGCCUUCACACCGCUGCUGGCUGCACUCUCGCCUGAGCUGUAUGACGUUGCGCUAGACAAGAUUGCAAACUUCAUCACGAACCAUGUUGUUCACCAAGCCCGAGACGCGAUUGCGUUCAUCUGCAACAGUCUUGUUAAAAUCAACCCCGAGAAAGCCCUGAAGCGACUAUUACCUCAUCUCUUUGCAGGUAUCCGUACUGAGAUUGAAGAGAUCGGUGCUGGCUCCACGCGAACAACAGGCGCUGAAGUCCUCCCUCGUGAUCGGGCACUUGUCUGGAAUCUGUGUAUUCUUAGCAUGUGCGUCGUCCAUGUCGGUGAUGCAGUCCUUGAAUGGAAGGACGAGCUGUUUGAGAUUGCAGAAUACAUGCAACAGCGCUGCCGAGGCACGCCCACUGUCCAUGUUUCCAACUUCAUUCAUCAUUUGCUGCUCAAUCUGACAUGUACCUACACCAUCGACUAUUCCAUCUAUGAAGACGAUGAACUCGAAGAGGGCUUGUCAACUGAGUCAUGGGGUAGGCAAGUAGAUGUAAAGAAGUUGACAAUCAAAUGGCACACUCCCAACUCAGAGGAGAUUGACUUCGCUGUCAAGCUCUUUGAGACACAUGCCAACAACUCAAUGAAGGCACUCAAAGCCCUCACGCAGCCUGACUCGCCGAUUAAGCGCGAAGGCACUGGCAAAGAUUGGUCAGACGAGGUGUCACGAAACCUGGUUCUGUUGCGAUUGAUUAUAUCCGGUAUCUCAGUCUUAUUUGAUGUUCGGCACGAUCAAGUCAUCGAUGGCAACGAGUCUGAUAGCGACUCCAACUCAGACGCAAUGGAUACAGAAGGCAUAGAUGACGACGCCGGUCUGGGAGAGGCUGAAGACGAAGAGGUCAAACCCACAUUCCAGUAUGAAGCUGGUUACCCACUACGUCGCGGGGAUGCCACAUACAACCUUAUCCACGAUCUGCGGAGAAAGGUCGGUGAGAUGUUGCACAACGUGCAUCAGUUCCUAAUCGCGAAACAACCCGAUGAUGUUCCUUGCUUCAACUCACUGUACAACGCUUAUCGCUCCUGGUUCAUCGAUGUCGGUAUCGAGCGAUCAGCUCAUGUACUCGACAGAAUAUCAAGACUAUUGGAGAACGAUGAGCGACCUUUCAGGUUCAGUGGACUGCGUAAGCAAUACCCGCGACCUCUACUAGUCCGACGCGCAAAUGUUUAUCAUUUGCAACGACUACGGCACAACGCGAACCCACGACCCAAGACUGAUCUUGACAUGGUCCUGCUGCUUGAUCUCGCCGAAUCCAGUAUAUCCCUUUACACGGAGAUCCGACGCACUGCGCAAACAGCAAAUGAGUCCGCGGUCAAGUGUGUGCUUGGCGCUAGACCCCUCGUCGUUCCAUCUCUCCUCGACGCAUUUGUCAAGGCUGUAGCUGAGAGUGACUAUCCUCGUAUCAAGGGUGCCAUGUUCGCGCUGUUGUUCGGUAGCUUGGCAAAGACAAUAAGUCGCGAUUGGCGCUUCACACCUAAGCUGAUCAAGGCUUUCAUUGAGGUCACGGGUGCCGAUAAGCCUUCAGUGCAGAAGCUUGCAACAAACGCCACAUUCCAGGUCAUGGAUAUGGGGAAAGCAAUGGAGCGCAUGGUCAUCUUGCCAAAGGAAGUCGUAGAAGCUAUUGCAUAUGCCAUUGACUCUAGCGAAGGUGAUAGUGUACACGCCAAAGUCAACAAGCGACGGGACUACAUCAAGAAGAAACGUGCUCGCAUAGAAGGCAAGAAGGCGGAGUUGUCCAAAGAACUGGUCGAGAUUGCCAACACAGAGCACUGGAAAAAGGUCAGCCGUACUGCCGCCAUCAUCGUCAACCUAGGCAUGCGUUACGACACCAUUGCUUCGGAUGAGAUGAUCGAUCUCGUUGCGAAAGGAUCUAUCGACCAACACCCUAGUCUCCGAGGCUUGUAUGCCGGCGCCCUCAUUGGCCUCUACUCCGUCAUUCAAACCCGCGCAAUUACCGGACACAACUACGAGAAGUACCUGCUGAGCGAAGAAGAUCUGCCAGACAAGAUCACCGUGGAAACCAAGCCUGAAGAUCCAAACUGGACUGCAGAAUACCUCGCAGCAUUUGCCCAGCCCGAGGCCAAGUAUUACGUCGACUUUGAUUAUCCAGGAUGGCUCGUAUGGAACAAGACUAUGACUGCAUUCAAGCCCAAUGCACCACAGUUGUCGUACGAUGAGGUCGAGAACGGCGUCCGUCAGAAGAUUGCGAAGCAUCUCACCCGCUCCUGGUUCUCAAACUACUUUGCUUUCAUGAAGCAGGAGCCGCGCGAUAACAGUGCCGAUCGGUUCCGCAUGUCAAGUGCAAUGGUGCUGACCCAUUCGUUCGAUCUCGUCUUUGCCGGUUUGACAGAAACCACUUUUGAAGACAUCAAAGACCUGACCCAAUCUGUAUACGCUGACGGGAGCGAUAAGCACCAACAUCGCGCGACUUCUGAGAUUAUGGCUGCGUUGCUAUCGUGCGCACCGGACCUCAAGGCUGAUCAGCGUGAAGCGGUAUGGGAGUAUGUCUUCCCAAUCGUCCGUGGCAUAUUCCAAGAUGGUUUGACACCCGAAAACUCUGGCUACUGGACUACCUUCCUGCACGUCGUAUUGCAAUCGAAGGAUCCACGACGAGGAUGGCCGUUGGUCGACUGGCUGUCUAGUUUCCGCCUUGACAUGGACUCUAAUGCGGCCUUCAAGGAGAGCUCCAAGGUCCAUCUGCUGACACAGUGCAUCUGCGAUGCAGGCUGGCAUUUCCGCCUAGAGAAGCCGAUUUUGGAAGAUUUCAUGAAGCACCUUGAUCAUCCGUACAAGGGCGUACGUGAGGCUAUGGGUCAAACGAUCGCUAGUAUUUUCAGGACUCGUUAUCAUGAAUCGUACAAGGACGUCAAUACGCUCAUCAAGGCACAGAAAGAUGCUUCGUCGAUCGGUGUCAGGCCAUACCAGCCAACAGAGGAGUUCAGCAAGACCAUUACUGAAGUCUUUGAUCGUCUUGAGGUAUGGCGCCACGAACGUCCUGCAGGACAACAGACUCCGUCAUCAUACACAUCAGGUGGCAAGACCGUCCUUCUUUGGCUCGACUCUACGCUCUCUUCAUACGAGUGCACAUCGCUCGUCAAAUUCUUCCCAGAUGUCUUUAUGGAGCAGCUACUGCACAUGAUGGAUAUCAAAGAAGAUCCUGAGCUGCAAUCACUCGCAUACCACGUCUUCCGUCAUCUACCUAACAUUCCGCAUCGCGAAGGCGAGGACUCGGAAUUUAUUGCAGCCCUCAUUCGCAUCGGACGGAACGCGACCAGCUGGCAUCAACGUCUCAGGAUUCUAAUCAACAUCCAAGUCAUCUACUUCCGCCGGCUGUUCCUCAUGAGUGAGAAGCAGCAACAGAGUAUGUUCGACUGCGUUUCUGCCAUGCUUUCAGACGUGCAACUCGAGGUCCGCAUGGGCGCUGCAACUACGCUAUCAGGAAUGAUUCGCUGCUCGCCUGUCGCGCUCCGCGACCGUCAAGUCUCAACACUCAAGGAGCGCUUCACCAAGCAACUGACCAAGAACCCGCUCCCCAAGAAGCGUACCCCUGGCACUCCUACCACAGAACAAGGCAAGCUUGUCCUCACACGCCACGCUGCUGUGCUGGGUCUCGGUGCAUUGGUCCAGGCUUUCCCUUACCAGAGCCCCCCACCGACAUGGUUACCGGAUGUACUGGCUACACUAGCGAGAAAGGCAGCAGCUGAUCCAGGAAUGGUGGGCAAGAGUGUCAAGACUGUUCUUGCAGACUUCAAGAAGACGCGGCAGGAUACAUGGCAUGUUGAUGUCAAGGCAUUCGAGCUGGAGCAGCUGGAGGACCUGGAAGGUGUUCUCUGGAAGAGUUAUUUCGCUUAGACGAGGAUGCAGAUGAAGUUGCACUAUGGGGUCGAAACUUAUUAAAUAUGGAGCCAAAGAAAUUUCACGGAAGAAAAAGAUGAUGGAGAUGAAGCAAAGCUACAUUGCAGUACUUUCGUUACAGCUCAUGUCUACUCGUAAGGGCUAGGUGUACUGUACUCAUUUUUCUGUUCCAGAAACUUGUUCCAAUAGAUAACGAACAUGGGCCGACAAAUGAUGCUCAAAACA